AUGGCAACAAACAAUGUGUCAACAGAUGUUCAAACAGGUAGACCAGGUCUUUUUCAAACUAUCCCACCAGAAAUCAUAUAUGAAAUUUUGACUUAUCAAUUUAAAGAUUAUAUGUCAAAUGAUUAUCCACCAACAUCAGAAAAGUUUAAUGAAAAUUUAAGAAAUUUUUUAAGAAGUAAUCUAACCGUCAACAAAACUUUCUAUCAUAUAUGUCGAGUUUUACUAUACAAACAUUGCAACUUUACUACUGCAAAAAGAUUCCAUAAUUUAUUAGAAUCUAUUGAACAUUGUCCUGAAUUAAGAAACAUUAUUCAAAUUGCAGAUUUCCAAGAAUUGACCUCGAUAGGUCUCGGAAGAUCAAAUGAAAUGAAUAAAUCGAUCCAAAAUUUAACUAAUGAAACCCUACUCAGAUUUUUGAAAUUAACCGAAUCUAACCUAAGAGAAUUUUUGGCAUGUGAAAACAUUCAGGAGGAUUUAGAUGAAAACAUUAUUUAUUGGCUCUUAAAACCUGGUAAAAACCUGAGCAUACUAGACUUUUGUGGGUGUUCGGGUGAUAAUUUGACAAGGAGUUUUAUUAACGCAUUAAACAAGUUAUAUCCACCUGAACUAAUUCCAAAUAAUAUGAAUGGUUCUAAUUCUAAUAUUAUUAUUCCAGAACCUAUUGCGUACAAUUCACAAAUAACUUGUUUAGGAUUAAAUGAUUGUACUGAUUUACCAAAACCUGUUUUAGGUAAAUUAUUAAAGUUGUUUCCCGAUUUACAAAAAGUGGAUUUAGCACAUACAUCUAUCGAUGGUCAAAUUUUGAUGCAGUAUUUACCACAUUUAAAAAAUUUGACUCAUUUGUCCUUUGCAUCAUGUUCACAACUAACUUCAAGAUCCAUUUUAGAAUUUUUUUCACAUCACCCCGCUGUCACCGAUGAAAAUAAUGCUUCCACUUUAGAAUGGUUAAAUUUAAGUGAUAUUUCUCAUUCUGCUUUGUGGAAUGAGGUUCAUACAAUGUUUUUAUUAAAAAAACUUUGUCAAUAUGGUCAUAAUAAAACUUUACAGUAUUUGAACCUUGAUGGUUUACCAUUGCAUCAAGUAACGAUGGCCCACUCUAUAUCUGGAUCCAAUACUCCAACAUCAUCUCAAUCGACUGUCUCCAUAACAUCUUAUAAUUAUCGUCAUAGUCGUAGAGAAACAAUUUUUUCUACGGUUGUAAAAACUAAAUAUUACUAUAAAUGUGCUGAUGCAUUAAUAUUCAUAAAAUUAAAUUUUCCUAAGUUGAAAAGUUUAAGUAUUAGAGGAAACAAUAUAUCUAUUAAUAAAUUAGUAGAAUUUUUAUCCCCAAUCAAACAUAUAGAUGAGUACCCUAAUUUAACUGAAUUAUCUAAACAACCACAACAAAAGUUAAAAUUUAUCAAUCUAUCAAGAAAUUCAUACAUUACAAAAUGGACUAUUCAAGAUCCCAACUUAUUAACAUGUUCUGAUUCAUUGUGUGCAAUUGAAGUCAAUUUUGAAACUUGGCAACAAAUUGAAAAGUCAAAUAAUGACAAUGAAAUUAUUUCAAUGAAAUAUGAUUAUAAAUCGCAGAAGAAUAAAGUGGUUAAAUGGAAGUGCUUUUUGGAUGUAUCUUAUGGUAGAAGACAUUGGAUUUAUAGAUGUGAUCCAUACCUGAAUAAAGAUGAUAUUGAAAAGAAGAGUCAAGUAGGGACACGCUUUGAUUCAAGUGGUCAUAAGAUUAUUGAGAUUGUUAAACAACCAGAUUUUUUAAAAUUUGCACAAACCAAAAUAUCAUUAAGUUGUGGUUUAGUUAUAAAAAGUUCUAUUCGUAGAAAAGAAUGCUAUAAAGAUUAUAAGCCACCAAUUUCCCAAUUUUUAACAAGAAAUGGUGGUAUUACAUUUGGUAAUAUAACACCACCUAUUAGAAGACCUACAUUACCACCAGGUGGGUGGAGGUUUUUACAAGAUGAUGAUGAUUAUGAUGACGAGGAGGAGAUAGAAAGAGAUAAUUUUGAAGGUAAUAAUAAUAGAAGAUUUGGAAUAAGACCGACUGAAAACAGAAAUCCAUCUUUACAUUCACAUAUACAUCAUAAUGAGAGUCAUGAUACACCAACUGGUUUAUAUUGGGAUAGAUCAAUGCAUGAUUUACACUCUUUUUCUCUACAGAAUAAUAAUAGCGAUAACAUUGCCAAUAAUGCCAAUGAUAUCCCUACUAUACAGCCAAUACAAAUUGAAAAUGAUGCUGAGUAUCUGAAUAAUCCUGAGUUACAAAGAAGAAGGUCACAACUACAGUUAUUAAGAAUACAUCAUCGGAAUUCUAAUCGCAUGUUAAAGGGUAAUAAUUUGCAUAACAUUCACAAUAGUAACUCAAAUAUACUUAAACAGAAUAAAGCCAACAGUAUGCUUAAAACAUUUUUGAAACCAUCUAACGAUGGAUCUUCUAAUAACAUAGACUGUUUAAGCAACCAGCCACUUUCUAAGAAGAGUGUUGACACUUCAGAGGUUGCAAAAUUAUCUAAACCAAAAAUCGAUUAUUAUAAACACCCUGAACAAUUUAUCUAUGAUUCAAACGAUUCAGUGACAACCAAGAGAUAUCAGAUUCAUUUUGAGGUCGUCGAUGAGUAUAAAACAUUUGGUUGUGUAGAAAGAGGUAUGUAUCGUUAUUAUAGUCUAAAGACUUAA